AUGGGACGCGGCGGGCGUGGCGGCCUUUCGGUGCGCCAUGGCACCGCGCUCGUCACGGGCGCCACGGGCGCCUCCGUCGGCGAGGCCGCCGAGCUCCUGCUGCGAGUGCAGGCACUGCUGGGAGCGGCAGCGGAGUUGGUGGCCUCGCUCGGGUCGCCUACGCUGGCCGCAGGGCUUGGAGCGGCGGAGGCUGUGGUCGCCAGCCUUCGGCGCUGGCUGACGGACGGAGCCGAGCCCAGGGCAGGCCCGCAGGCGGCAUAUGAAGAAGACGUGCUCGGCGGCUAUGACAUGAUCAAGGCCGGCCCCAAGCACCUGGUGGAGCUCGGCACGCAGGUGGAGUCUGACGAGCUGGAGCCCAAGGAGGCCGAGGGCAAGCUUGAGCGGAAGUCCAACCUGAUGGAGCUGCUGGGCGAGCAGGUGCUGGAGCUGCAGGCCGCCAGGGAGGAGCACAAGCAGCACAUGGAGAACAUGCGCAGGGAGCAGGAGCAGCUGGUGCAGCAGCUGAACCACGAGGAGAACAAGUACAACGAGUCCGCGAAGCGCAACCAGCAGGUGGAGCUCGAGGUGCAGCAUCUCGCGCACACGGUGGCGGAGCAGCGGGAGCAGAUCGCGCAGCUCGAGAAGGCCCUGCAGGAGCACGAGAUCGCCUCGCUCGCGGCGGUCCCCGCCUUCCCCGUCCUGCACAUCGACGAGGAGGGCCAGUCGCGCAACGUCGAGCAGCAGCAGCAGCAGCAGCAGCAGCAGCAGCAGCAGCAGCAACAGCAGCAGCAGCAGAGCGACGGCGACGAUCUGGAGAUCAACGGUCACCAGCUGGGCUCCGCGGAGGGCCAGGGCAGGCAGCUGAACGUAGUCGAGACGAAGGUGAGCAUCGCGGACAGCCAGGUCAGCUCCACGGGCAAGCAGCAGAGCUUCGUGAAGCACCAGGGCAGUCCCCAGCACGCCUACGCGAAGCAGAAGAGCAUCGGCGACGCGCAGUCGGUCCUGGCGCGGUGGGAGGCCGCACAAACAACCCCCAGCCGGCGCGCGCAGAGACGCGCGAGAAAGCGGCACACAGCAGCAGAGCAGGAGCGAGAGACGGACGCAAGGAAGUCUGGCUUGAUCAGGAUCUCCGUGAACGUGCUGGCCUACAUCGUCUUCGUGGUCCUUGUAGUUUCGGCUGUUGACAAGGGGAUGCAGGCCUUGCUCGGAGGGCACGAGGAAAGGGAGGCCAGGGCCCAGACAGCACAGAAGAGGUCCACCGCCGACAUCAUCGUGGAGGCGGAGGUUGACACGUGCCUGGUGGACACGAUAUAG